CGGUCACGUCGGAGGUUAGCUGAAUAGGAGUGCACCCGGCGAUUGAAGCGAGAUGGAGAAUGGGGAGGACAGUGUCCUCCGGUCCCGCUGCCGAGCCUUUCCUAAAAUGCCCACCUUCCCUGACUUAGAUAGCUCUUUGGAUGGGGAACAUAGUCCAGGAGAACAUUGGCAAGGCAAUGGAGACAACCACAUUACCAGCAAUGGAAAAAUUGAAGUGGAACAUGUCAUCAGCAAAAAGCUACAACUGAAAAGGAAAGCAGAGUUCCUGAAGAGUGACCUGAUGCGUCAGUUUGACAGUCAGGUCAAUGACUUCAUGGACUGUCUUAUUGAAGAGUCAGCCAGCCUGGAGCCUGCACCUAUUCCCGCUGUCUUCUCACCCCCACUGUCAGAGAAGGAGAGGAGCAAACUCAGACAUUUUCGUCCUCCUCAUGGCCAGGGAAAGCAGUUUGUCAGUCGCAGGUCCCUCCUAGAUGAGCUGUUUGAGGUGAACCACAUCAGGACCAUCUACCACAUGUUUAUUGCCCUCCUCAUUCUCUUUAUCCUCAGUACACUUGUGGUAGAUUUCAUUGAUGAAGGCAGACUGGUGUUGGACUUUGACCUGCUGGUCUAUGCAUUUGGACAGUCCCCCCUGGUGGUGUGCACAUGGAUCUGCAUGUUCCUGUCUGUGUUGCUGGUUCCCUAUGCUCUUUUCCAUCUGUGGUCACAUACCCAGUAUGGGUCUUAUAGUCACCCCAGCUUGUACAAUUUGCUGUUUGGUUCUGUAUUCCUGCUCUACCAAGCUCUGGGUCUGGGAUUCCUCCCCACAUAUGUGGUGGUGACCAACAGUUUGCCACCUGCGUCCUGCUUCAUCAUCAUCCUAGAACAGGUGCGACUAAUGAUGAAAGCACACUCCUUUGUCAGGGAGAAUGUACCAAGAGUUCUGGCCUGGGCUAAAGAUAAGACUAGUCCUAGCCCUGUGGUCCCUCAGGUUUCUCAGUAUCUCUACUUCCUGUUUGCACCUACACUCAUUUACAGAGACAAGUACCCCAGGAACCCAGUGAUCAGAUGGGGCUACGUGGCCACAAAGUUACUUCAGGUACUAGGCUGUCUGUUUUAUGCCUAUUACGUGUUUGUGCGGCUGUGCAUCCCUCAGUUUCGCAGUGUCAGUCUACAGCUGUUUGACCUGAAGGCCAUGGUCCUCUGUGUCUUUAACUCCAUCCUGCCAGGAGUGUUGGUUCUCUUCCUGGGAUUCUUUGCCUUCCUCCACUGUUGGCUCAAUGCAUUUGCUGAGAUGCUUCGUUUUGCUGAUAGGAUGUUUUACAAGGAUUGGUGGAAUUCAACCUCUUUUGCCAAUUACUAUCGCACUUGGAAUGUAGUGGUCCAUGACUGGUUGUACUACUAUGUGUACCGGGAUUUCCUGUGGAUGUCUCAGAAGCGUUUCAGACCGGCAGCCAUGCUGUUUGUGUUUACAGUGUCAGCGGUGGUCCAUGAGUACAUUCUCGCCAUCUGCUUUGGCUUUUUCUAUCCUGUGCUCUUCUGCCUUUUUAUGUGCUUUGGAAUGAUGUUCAACUUCAUUCUGCAUGACCAAAGGAAAGGUCCCAUCUGGAACAUAAUCAUGUGGACAUCCCUCUUCUUGGGUCAGGGAGUCAUUAUCUGUCUGUACUCCCAUGAGUGGUAUGCCCAGCGCUACUGUCCCCUGAAGGAGCCGUCCUUCCUAGAGUUACUGAAGCCUCGCUCCUGGAGCUGUCAGAGAGGCUUGAUGGUGGACUCUGAUAUGCUGUGACCUGUGUCUGGACUAUUGCUGAGGACUAUCACUGAUCAGUAUAAAUCUGGCCCACCUUUCUGUUACUUUCACAACUUCUGGUCUUUAAUUUUUUUUUUUUUUUUAUUGCACUAAGGUCAUGGCUGAGUCUGUGUAUGAAUGUAGGGAAGAGGUCCAAUAAGUAUUUGCCAAAAUGUUCUUUACUCUUAACAUCUGAGUCACAAUGAUGCCUUACUUAUAUGUUUAUGUUGUCAAAGGCAACCCCACAACAAAAUGACAAGUUCACAUAAAACCACAUGUGAACUCUUUUAUUUUUAUGUGCUAUUUAUUUUUCAGAUGUAUUCCCAUUACUUUUGCCUUGAUCAACUGUGAAACCACUCCCUGUGCCAAUAGAAUUGUGACAAUAAUUAUGUGGCAGCUGAAUACAAACAUUACACAGUACAAACAAUAUUUACACAUAUGCAGUAAUGGUUAAUAUUUAACAAAGUUUGCAACUGCUAUUCUAUUGUGAAGGACAUUCAGUAUGCUGCUUGGAAAAACAUUUCAUAUUAUUUAUAUUCACUGCCUCCAAGAUUUAUUUUGAAAAGCGGACACUAUUUGGUGUUUUGUAUAAAUCUAUGAGAAACUCUGGUGUCUCUAUUAUAACUUGCGGUCCUCUUCUCUAAAGAGGAAAAUGAAAGUGGCAUUUGAGAUGCUCAUGUAGUUGUGAGGUAAUUUUAUAGUAAAUGUGAAACUGUGAUGAUUCAGGCAUAGAGCUUUCAUACCUGAACUAUUACAUUUUCCAAAUCCCAAAUUUAAUACAAAGUUUUUCUCUUUACCAUCUGUCAAGCCACAAGUAAGGAAGUUAGACCCUCAUUAAAAAUCAUGAUACUGAACUCCAUAAAACAAAAUCUUAAACAAAACAGAUGACAAUUAUGAUGUGGGGAGUUAAUGUACUCUGUGACUGCUGAAUGUAUUGUUGGUUAUUGAAUUGAAAUGGUUUAAACAUGCAUCUAGCGUCAUAGAGAAAAUUUCUUGUGAAACUAAAUGAUACAUUUUUUUCAUGACCAAUGUUAUGUGAGUUAUGUACAGUGAUUUCAACCGAAAGGGUGAAUCACUACAGAAUGGCUACUAAUGUAAAACUGUUGCAGCUGGCUGCUAGAAUAUUUUAACACCCAAAUAGUGAUGAUACUUGAUUACCACUAAGGGCUAGAGUUUGCUUUGUCGGAUACUCCGUAGGUUAAAUAAGACAGUGUUUUUUUGUUUAAAUCAUACCAAGUAUACAUUUUACACAACAGUAAUUUUCAUGUCAAACUAACGGAAAAGAAAUUUAUCUGCUCAGUGUGCUUUUAGCCCUCUUGGUCUCGAAAUAAUGUGUUUAUACAUUUGUAUUAUUUGGAGGAAAUCACAAGUCAAUCAUUGCACAGUUCAUGUUGCCAAUUCAAUGCAGGGAGAGUGUAUUUAUGCUUGUGAAUAAUGAGAUACACAACCAGCAAUGGGAAACUCAGCACUUCUAAAAACUGUAUGACCACAAGGUGGCACUGUAUCAAAAGUUUUUAUUUUUGAUCCUCUGCUCAUUUUGGGUAGAGAGGCUUCACUACAGUCAUUUACAAAAUGAAUAUUAACAAACAACACAAGUACCAGCAACUUAUUUUUUUAAUAUGUACAGAUGAUAGCAGAAUUAUUGGAAUACCCUGUGGUACUUAAUGCUACGUUUAUGAGUUUGAGCUCUUAAGAACUCCACAUUUGGCUGAAGUUUUAAUUUUGCUUUACGCCUUUGAGAUUUUGCUAAGAAUGAUAAUAUUUAUAGUGGUGAAAGGGGCCAAGCUACAGAAAUGCUGUUUAUUUAGAUGAGCUAUUUAUUUUUGUGCGCAGAGCUUUGCCUCUUUACUGUGAUAUUUGUGUUCAUUGUGAUCAAUUCUUUUUCUGGUCUUGAAUAGUCUAUUGUGUCAGGUGACAAUUAUAUGAAUCAGUAUGUUGUU